AAGUGGUAAAACAAAAUCAGUUUUGAUGUUAUCAUCACAGAGUAGAAAAUGUUUUCUAAGAAAUUAAUAACUUUCAUUUCAGUUCUUGAAAAUGUGACGUUAAACAGCAGCACGACAGCAAAACUUAUUCAAAAUAGGACAAUUGACCUAUCGAAAAUAACCCUAAUCAACUCGGUUAAAGGUGCACAUCCAUCUAUGAAUAAUGUGUUACUACUGCCUGACGGAAAAUUGAAGAAUCUUCCUGGUUCAACAGUGAAAGGUACAGGCGGUACGCCGAUUUUGCUGCCACUUAGUCCACAAAGAGGACCACCAAAACCUAAUAGAACUAAAUUCAUCACUGCGAAACGACAGCUCAUGACUCAAAAACCACCUCGUCCAGUCAAGAAUCCCUUAUUCGCACAACCUCCAAAUGUUCAAAGUUCUUUGCCACCUCCUACAAAUUUAACCACCGAAGAUAUCAUGGAUUUACCAAUCAUAUUUGCUGAUGAUAACCAGAUGCUGGACACAAACCUACCUAGCAGUUUAGCCAGCACAACAACCAGUAUUCCCACAUCUACUGCUAACGUUUUAUCCACAAUGGGUCCAAAAACAGUAACCCCUGCUAAAUUUAUGGUGAUAAAUAAGCAGCCGACUAGUCAAGGUAGUUUCGUGUAUACACCAAGCAUAAGGAAACCUACUCCAUUAUCGUUCAAUAAACCAGCCCAAAAAUAUACUAAAAUAAUUUUGUCUUCGAAAAAAAAUGUUGAUGAUUUGAAAGCAAACUCAAAAAUACAAUGUUUAUCCCCAGAAAUCACAGUUAAAAAAGUUUUAAGUGCACAAGGUCACAUACCAAGAACCGAACCACCACCUGCUGUAGAACUGAUUGAUUUGGAGAAUGAAAUUAAGGCUACAGCAGUACCCAAACCAAAUUUAUCAACGUCAGAUAUUAAAAAUAUCAAGAUUAUUCCAAAAAAUUCUGGGGAGAGACUUGAUAUGGCAUUCAAUAGAAGUAGUGUAGGUGUUUCGAUAACAAAGAGACCAUCUUCAGUUAUUGACAUUGCAGAUGAUGGGGAUCCAGACUAUAUUCCUCCGAAAAAUUUGAAACUAGAGUGAUUUAAUAGCAGAAUUUUAUUCAUUGAGGUUGAGUUUAGUUUAGAUCUGUUAUUUUUUGAUGUUUUUUAUUAUUGUGAGUUGAUAUGUUUUGGAAUCAUUUUUCAAGUAUAAUGUUUCCCGAAACAAAAA